AAAAUGGCGGAGGAACAGGUGAGUCCGUAAACAAUGUGAUAAAAACGCUAUUUCAAGAAACGAACUGUUUGCUUUUUAUAUUUUCCAAUAUUCUGGUGAUUGAUUCAAACUUUUGACUCAACUCUCAAUUGAUUCCGCCGUCCAUUCUUGGUCAAUUCAUUAUCUUGAUGGAGGUUUCACUGCAGCGAAUAAACGAACAACAAAUCUUGCCGGAAUUGUUUCAGAAUUUGCACACUCAAUCUUCCCAAAAUGAGGUACGCCAGCUGGAACUUCUGUGCAAAGAGCUGUACGAGUCGACCGAUCCGUCACACCGUGUGGAGGCCGAGAAGGCGCUGGUUGGCUUCCAGAAUGCGCCCGACACACUCUCCAAGUGCCAACUGCUGCUGGACCGAGGUGACUCGUGCUAUGCGCAGCUGCUCGCCGCAACUACACUCACCAAACUCGUGUCAAGGCAGGCACAGGGCCUCAGUUUGCAGCAGCGCGUCGACAUACGUAAUUACGUUUUGAACUAUUUGGCGACCCGGCCGAAACUACCAAACUUUGUAAUACAAGCUCUUGUUACACUAUUCGCACGAAUUUCGAAGUUAGGAUGGUUCGACUGUGAUAAGGAUGAAUAUAUAUUUCGUAAUGUUGUGGCUGAUGUCUCCAAAUUUCUACAGGGCUCAGUGGAACACUGCAUGAUCGGCGUGCAGCUUCUGUCACAGUUGACAUGCGAAAUGAACCAGAUCUCCGAGGCGGACGCGAACCGUUCGCUCAACAAGCACACGAAGAUCGCCUCCUCGUUCCGCGACACGCAGCUGUUCGAGAUAUUCCGCAUCUCGUGCACUCUGCUCACCAACGCCAGCGAGAACUGCGACAGUUUGAACUUCAGCCACCAGGCGCAGCACGGUCUCAUGACGCAGCUGUUGCGGUUGGCGCAUAAUUGUCUCACUUUCGACUUUAUAGGACGCGCGACUGACGAGUCAUCUGACGACCUGUGCACCGUUCAGAUCCCCACCUCGUGGCGACCUGCCUUCCUCGACUACACCACGCUCAAGCUCUUCUUCGACCUCUACCAUUCGCUACCCAACACUCUGUCACCGCUGGCCUUAUCAUGUUUGGUGCAAAUCGCAUCUGUAAGACGUUCACUAUUUGGCAACACUGAAAGAGCCAAGUUCCUCACUCAACUGGUCAAUGGCGUCAAGCAUAUUCUACAAAAUCCACAGGGCUUGAGUGACCCGAGCAACUACCACGAAUUUUGCCGUCUACUGGCUCGACUGAAAUCAAACUACCAGCUUGGAGAGCUGGUGAUGGUGGAGGACUAUCCACAGGCUAUUCAGCUCAUUGCCAAGUUCACUGUUGAGAGCCUACAGAUGUGGCAGUUCGCACCGAACAGUGUGCACUACCUGCUGAGUUUGUGGCAGCGGAUGGUGGCAUCUGUGCCCUACAUUAAGGCCACCGAGCCGCACCUGCUGGAGACCUACACGCCCGAAGUCACCAACGCCUAUAUCACAUCACGACUCGAGUGUGUUGCCGUCGUUGUCAGGGACGGCCUAGAAGACCCCCUGGAUGACCUUGGUAUGGUGCGACAACAGUUGGAACAGCUGUCGGUGAUUGGGAGGUGCGAGUACCAGAAGACAUGCACCCUCCUCGUGCAGCUGUUCGACCAGGCAGCGCGCAUCUACCAGGAGCUCAUGGCUGCUCCGUCCUCCCAGCAGCAGGUUGACAUCACCAUACAGGAAGGUCGAUUAACGUGGUUGGUGUACAUAAUAGGCUCUGCAAUCGGUGGCCGAGUUUCGUUCACCAGCAAUGAAGAGCACGAUGCCAUGGAUGGUGAACUAGUUUGCAGGGUUCUACAAUUGAUGAAUCUAACUGACUCUAGACUGUCGCGUGGAGGUUGUGAAAAGCUUGAGCUAGCUAUGCUAAGUUUUUUCGAACAGUUUAGGAAGAUUUACGUCGGUGAUCAGAUACAAAAAAGCUCGAAAGUCUACCGAAGGUUGUCCGAAGUCUUAGGUUUAGUUAGCGAAUCAAUGGUACUUAGUGUGUUUAUUAGGAAAAUAAUAACAAAUUUGAAAUACUGGGGCCGGAGCGAACAAAUAAUACUGAAGACGUUACAGCUGUUGAAUGAUCUGUCAGUUGGUUACAGUUGUGUUAGAAAGCUGGUCGGGCUAGAAGAAGUCGAGUUUAUGCUCAACAACCAUACUAGUGAGCACUUUCCGUUUCUGGGCAACGGAGUGGCGGUGAGUGAGAUGAGGUGUCGGUCAAUGUUCUACACGUCACUUGGUCGCCUGCUCAUGGUCGACCUGGGAGAGGAUGAGGACAGGUUCGACAACUUUAUGAUGCCUCUCACAAACGCGUUCGAGUCGAUCGGUGCAAUGCUGGCGCACGCGGACACACCGCUGUUCGCGGCCGAAGAGGCGAAAAAGGCGCUGAUCGGUUUGGCGCGCGACCUGCGCGGACUGGCGUUCGCGUUCAACACAAAGCCCUCCUACAUGAUGCUGUUCGACUGGGUCUACCCGCACUACACGCCCAUCCUGCUGCACGCGAUGGAGCUGUGGUUUCGCGAGCCACAGGUCACCACGCCCGUGCUCAAGCUGUUCAGCGAACUGGUGCAGAACCGGUCGCAGAGGCUGCAGUUUGACGUGUCCUCGCCCAACGGCAUCCUACUCUUCCGGGAGGCCAGCAAGGUUAUUUGCAGCUAUGGAAGUAAAAUCCUCGGAAUCGAAGUGCCUAAAGAUCAAACGUACCAGAUGAAAUUGAAAGGUAUUUCAAUCUGUUUCUCGAUGCUGAAAGCAGCGCUGUGUGGCAGCUAUGUGAACUUCGGCGUAUUCAGGUUAUACGGCGAUGAAGCCUUGGACAACGCGCUCAAAAUGUUUGUCAAAUUACUCCUCUCCAUUCCUCAAUCAGAUCUCUUGGACUAUCCGAAACUGUCACAGUCUUACUACGUGUUACUAGAGUGUUUGGCUCAGGACCACAUGAGCUUCCUGUCCACACUGGAGCCGAGUGUGUUCCUCUACAUACUGUCGUCGAUAUCUGAAGGACUGACCGCUCUAGGUGGGAACCUGAACAUGUUUACAGACACAAUGGUUUGCACGGGAUGCUGUACGACAUUAGACCACAUUGUCACCUAUCUCUUCAAACAGCUUUCACAAAAAGGCAAGAAGAGACAGGGUUCGGCGCCGCCCGGAAAUGACAUGUUCCUGCAGGUGUUGGAACUGCACCCAGAAAUCCUCCAGCAGAUGCUGAGCACUGUGCUGAAUGUGAUUAUGUUUGAAGACUGUCGCAACCAGUGGUCCAUGUCUCGCCCGCUGUUAGGGCUCAUACUGCUCAAUGAAGAGUACUUUAACCAGUUGAGAGAAAACAUAAUCAGGAGUCAGCCGCCGGACAAACAGGCGCCCAUGGUGCAGCUAUUCGAGAACCUCAUGGACAGCAUUGAAAGAAAUCUACUCACAAAAAAUAGAGACAAAUUUACUCAAAACCUGGCUAUGUUCAGGCGAGACAUAAACGACUCGUUGAAGGGACCCAACGUCAUUAGCAAUUGGAGCUCGGACAUGAUGACGUCAUAGUGACUGCCCCUCCCCCACCCAUACUCACCCCAAGUCACGUCCAUGGGCAAAUGUUUAUUGAUAAAUAUUGUACAGUAGAUACGAUUGUUGGUUAUCGGCGACUCUCUGCUCCGAUUUGAAAAUAAUAUAAAAGAACUGCAUAUUGAAGAGGAAAACUAAGAUGUAUUAUAUUAGUAUAUGGCGCGUUAUUAUUAUUAUUGAUUAUUAUUAUCUACCGUACUUGUUUCGCGUGGAAUUUAUUUAUUUUUAAUUUGUUGUAAGUAUUUUUCAAAUGAAAAUUACUCGGUUAUUAUCAUUUUGAUAUCAUCGAAAAGGUAGGAAGAGGAGGCGCUUUUUUAAACUGUUAUUUAUGAGUAUUUUUUAAAUUAUUUAAAAAUCAUCUAAUAAAGAUUCAAACAAUGAAAGAUUCCUAAUCAAUUAUUAUAAUUUAUGAGUUUUUUAUUUAUUGAAAAUCAGUCAAUAAAGAUUCAAUGAAAGAUUCCUAAUCAAUUAUUAUAAUUUAUGAGUUUUUUUUUAUUUAUUGAAAAUCAGUCAAUAAAGAUUCAAACAAUGAAAAAGAUUCCAAAUCAAUUAUUAUAAUUUAUGAGUUUUUUAUUUAUUAAAAAUCAGUCAAUAAUGAUAUUCCCAAACAAUGUAAUAUUCCUAAUCAAAUGUUAUUUAUGAGUUUUUUUUCAAUUAUUAAAAAUCAGUCAAUAAAGAUAUUCCCAGACAAUUUAAGAUUAUUCCUAAUCAAAUAUUAUUUGAUGAGUAUUUUUUUUAAUUAUGAAAAUUCAGUCAAAACAAUGUAAGAUUCCUUGUCAAUUAUUAUUUAUGAUUAUUUUUUUAAUUAUAAAAAUCAGUCAAUAAAUAUAUUCCCAAACAAUGUAAGUUUCCUUGCCAAUGAUGAAUAAAAUUGAAAUUUUAUUUAUAAAGAAAAAGAAAACUCCCGCCUACUGUAUUUCAAAAUCACUGUUAUAAAACGAUCAUUCUUAAGUGAAUGUUGAUAAUUUUAUUCAGUUUUAGAAUUUCAUGUCGUUUUGUGGAGGCAUACACAUCUGAUAAUUGAAAAAUAAGAUGAACACAUUCCUGUUAUGAUAUAAAACCAGUUUGGAAUUUCAAUUGUCAACCAAUUUAGUGGUUCAAAUAUGUUUUGUUAUGCUUGUUGAAGAGUAUUUUUAUUUGUAUCAUUAUACUCACAGUAGUCAUGUUUUUGUGUAGAAAUAUUUUUAUUUGUAUUGGAAAAUAUCUAUAAUUAAUGAAUCUUUUAUCAAGCACAUUCAGUUCUUUACUUACAAAAACCUACGAUCAAUUCUAUCUAGAAAACCUCAAUGCAAAAGUUUAAGAGGUUGAUAAAAUAUCAGGAUCCCAUAUAUUCUGUAUAUAGGAGGUCCUGGUUUCAUUAAGAAUUUGAUGAAUGUUAUGAAUUGAAAUUGAUAUGUUUCAUUGAUUUUUCUAUUUUUUUGUGAUGGUCUAUAUUUCAUUAUUUAUUAGGACUUUCAGUUGUGUAGUAUAUUAAUUUAAAUUGAAUGUAUUAUCAUGUCUUAUUAUUUAAAAUGAAAGACUGAAUGAAAUAAGAGACCACGCAUUGUGCUUGUAAUCCAAAGAACUGUUGUGAGGUUUUGUUUUCCAAUUUAAUUAAUUUGAAUAUUUCACAGACUGCAAACAUGUGUCUUGUACUGCAGGUUAACCAGAAUGAAACUGGUUCAUUAAUGAAGUUUUGUACGAUAUUUGCAGUACCAUGUUUUGAAACGUACAUCUAUCAAUCUAAUGCAGAUUAUAUGUUGUAGAAGUGUAAUAGCAAUUUAAAUUAUUGCAUUCAACCAAAAUUUAUGUUUUGGUUUCAGCCAUUUGAUUUAAUUUUGACAAAGAGAUUAUGUCAGUCUGUAAAAUGAAUUUUUAAAUAAAAGCUUCAUGCAACAAGAGCAAUAAAAA